GCGUUUGGAGUGGCGAAAUUACGAAGCUACUCUGACUGGAAGAAAAACAAUUGCACUUCGGAAUGUGCAGAACGAAUCCUGGGAGAAACUCGAACUGAAGCUGGCUCAAUAAGUCGACUCGAACCGCAAGCUUGUAGAGCACCAUCAGUGGUGUUAGAGGCCCUUAGCUUGCACCGACUCAUUCUGCAAGCUGAGAAAGUGUUCUUGCUUGCUGAUGGAGCCAAUUUGUACGUUCAUGCAUAUGACGGAAAGCUGGUGACGAAUCCGAAAUGGCCGGGACUGCGUCCGGAUUUAUUGAAUGCGAAAACACUUUCCUUGUCUAAUGAUACCAUUGCCGUCCGAGAAAAGAAUGACGAGAAACAUAUCCUGUUUUUUGACGCGGCUUCUGGAAAGGCUCUGAAUGAUCAGAAACCAUUUGCCCAUACCACCGAAGUCAUGGAAGUCGCUCUAAACCAAGGUGGCUCGGUGGCCGAUCGUCGGUGUGCAUUUGUGGACCGCAACAGAGACCUUUUUCUGUGCUUCACCCGCAAAGAACCUCCGAAUAACUUCAGAGUUGCUAAACUGGGUGAGACUUUGUGCGUGGUUUUACUGAACAGGGAGUUCGGGAAGAAUCCGCAUCUGGUCAGUUUCGCUGGAGACCAGGUUGUUGUGAGAAGAUCUGAUGGCGCUUUGAUUCAUUCCUUGGUUCCCCCGUACGCCCUGGUUUUGCACGAAUAUUCUUUGACUGGGAAAUGGGAAGCUGCAGUUCGUCUGUGCCGUUUUGUCAAGGAUGAGACUUUAUGGGCGUGUUUGGCGGCUAUGGCGACGAAUGCCAAGGACUUGACGACCGCCGAAGUAGCUUAUGCUGCGAUUGAUGAAGCUGACAAAGUGAAUUAUAUAAAAUAUAUAAAAGAAAUCCCGUUGAGAGAAGUUCGAGCUGCGGAAAUGGCCUUGCUUGCUGGAAACGUGAAGGACGCUGAAGGAAUUCUGCUUCAAAAUGGCUUGGUUUUUCGGGCUAUCAUGAUGCAUCUGCAGCUGUUUCAUUGGGAGAGGGCACUUGACCUAGCAGUGAAGCACAAGACUCACCUAGACACAGUCCUGGGUUAUCGGAAGAGGUAUUUGGAUCGUUUCGAACGUCAAGAAACUAACAAGAAGUUCGAGCAGUUCUCGCAGAAUGUAAAAAUUGAUUGGAAUGACAUCAGGAACAAAGUUGAAAUGGAAUUCCAAAAAGAACUUGACCGAGCCAGGGGAAGUUCUACGCAAAAGGGAUCGAAUCCGUUGGCAAUGGGAAUUAAACCUGAACCUGCCGUACCAAAAGUACCUGUUGGCGCAGGUUCCAGAAGAAACUCGAAAAAGCCGCCACCGGAAGAUCCUGCGGAUUUGGACACCGAACCAGAUUUUGAUCUCGCUGAGCGGGAAAUGGAAGUUUUCGAUUGAAAUUACGUAUUUUUCAAACAUUGGCAACUUUAUCGUGAUGCUACGAUCUCGUCAUUUAAGUGUUAAACGCACAGAAACUUGAAGUGUUCACGCGCGAAAGGAAAAAUGUGAUCUCUGUUUCUGAUUCUAGUCAACUUAUGGGAAGUUCUCAGAGUGAUGAGGGAAUAAAUAUCCGUCCUUGACUGAAUGAA